AUUCAAAUAACAGACAGAUUCUUGUGGCUUCAGAAGACCAGAAGGAAAUUAGUGACCAUGAAACAAAAUAGCGUCCUGGUAUUGGUGGUAUCGCUGGUGGUGAAUGUCAGAGGUCUCCCGAUGCUAGACCCCGGUUUGUGCGAUGGAGCGCACUUUAACCGCACCGAGUACUACUGUGGCAGUUGCCUGCAGCCCUUCAUGUGUGAGGACGGAGAACUGAUCGAACUCCCCCGCUGCAUCUUAGGCAGUGUAUGUGAAGAAGUCGAUUCUGGACCAGCUACGUGCGUGCCGGCGACAUUCGCCUCGGUGUGCGAGUGCACCACUGACGUCUGCGACGACUACAAUCCUGCGUAUACCGCCAAAUGUGACGCAAACGGACUAUACGACAUUGUCGAGUGUACAGGAGUCCAUCUAGGAUCCGCAGCCUGUGUCAGCGGAACCUGUGUGGACUGCUCGAACCUCGGCAUCCGGGACCCAGUGUACGAAGUUGUACCUUCUGAAUGUACCAUCGGGUACCAAUGCACGGACCAGUUCGUUACGGCGUCCACCGACUGUUCCGAUGAAGAGUACGUGUCAAAAGAAGGAUCGUGUGUACCAGCGCCUCCCCUGCCAUGUGCCGACGAAGAUUUGUGCUUCGGAAUUUGUCCGGACUUGACGAACUGUUCGCGGUAUUAUUUCUGCGACAUAAAUGGGGGGCCACCGGCAGGACCAUAUGAAUGUGACGUCGACCAUUUCUUCAACCCCAGGACAGAGUUUUGUGAACUGGGGGACCCUAGUGUGUGCGAUCUGUGGACCCAGUGCGACUUCCAAAAUUGAUCUCGUGGAUAACAUCAAGUUACACAACCAACGAGGCUUAUAAGUAGAGUAACGCCAGUUCGGAUAGGAUUUUGCAAAGGAGGACAUACUCUUGGACCGAACCGAAGCAAUUGCAUUUUAUAAAAAAUAAACGCCAAAUUUAUUUCCAGAUUUGAGUGUCUUACACAACGCUUUCUACAAUAAAUAUAUCAAUAGGUCUUUCAUUUGUAAAAGACGAUUAUCAGCAAUAAAUUUUCA